GGAAGCCCGGCCGUCCGGCCGCCCCCAGCCGCCGGCCUCUCCUCCCGAGCUCGCAGCCACCUCGGGUCGGUGCCCCCGCCAUGUCGGGCGGGCUCCUGAGUGCGCUGGACAGCGACUCCUACGUGCAGCUGGGCCAGUACCGCGACCAGCACUUCCGGGGUGACAAGAAGGACCAAGAGAAGUUAUUGAAGAAAAGCUGCACCCUGUAUGUUGGGAACCUGUCCUUUUACACCACCGAGGAGCAGAUCUACGAGCUCUUUGGCAAAAGCGGUGACAUCAAGAAAAUCAUCAUGGGCCUUGAUAAAGUGAAGAAAACCGCAUGUGGGUUCUGCUUUGUGGAAUACUACUCCAGAGCAGACGCCGAAAAUGCCAUGCGCUACAUUAAUGGGACCCGCCUGGAUGAUCGCAUUAUCCGCACAGACUGGGAUGCAGGCUUCAAAGAGGGCCGACAGUACGGACGAGGACGAUCUGGGGGCCAGGUACGAGAUGAGUAUCGAAAAGACUAUGAUGCUGGCAGAGGGGGCUAUGGGAAAAUGUGUAAAAUCAACGAGUGAUGAAGCCCCCGUGCACAAACAGAUGACGUCGGCUGGUUGACAGAUCCCUCAAAGAGCAAUACUGAAGUCCUGACAACAGCUGACGUAGAACAGGCUGGCUUUGGUUUCUCUGACUCCACACAGGAACUGAGCCCCCAGACUCGACUUGGCUUUUCCACUCGGAGAAUCAUUAAAUGUCCCAAACUAAGCAAGUGACUAGGCCUAGUGUUGGAGCCUUGACGUCUGGCCAGCUUGUCCUAAGGAACAGUGGGUAACCAAACAGCUCUGUUCUUAGAUAGUAGCCCAUUGUCUGCCUGUGUUACUUACUGUUCACGACUUGGAGUGGCCAUUUAGGGAGGAGACCAUCAUGAAAUCUGUAUGAAAUGAGUUCAUGAUCUGUGCUCUAAGGGCAAUAGCAGCCCAUAAGGGAGUUUUAUUUCCAGGUUUUUUUCCCAAGGUGACUCUUCUAGCUCAUAUAGACACCCAUGUUACUGGGGAAUUCUUCAAACAGCUCUGCCUCGGCAUGAAUGAUCCCACAGUCCCAGGGAGAGGGCUCUGCUCUAUGCUCUGAAUGGAUGAUCUAGAAAGAAUGUGUAUUUCCAAUGUUAAGCACAUCCUUGCGCUUUCAUUGGGAAGCUGACCCAGAGGACGCCAUCCUCGGAGCAGAAGGAAACGGGAUCUCCUAUGUGAGAGACUGUGGGGAGGAAGUAGCAGAUGAAUUCUGCAGGGGUUCAUUUUAACUUUGAAAUUGGGACAAGUCAGGCUAGACCCGUUGUCUUUAUUGUUUUAUUUUUAUCAGAGUGGGAAGGGUCAAGAGGAGAAUCAAGGGAACCAAAUCUUUCCAGUAGGAGAGAUCAGAUAAGCCUCACUUAGAACAGAAGCCACAGCCAAAUGAGACUGAAGGGCUAUCAGCAUUGGCCUUGCUGGCAAAAGAAUUGAGUUCUUGUUGAAUGUGUACCUGAGGUGGGACAGAGCAGGAAGGUAUUUAUUCCAACCACGAGGACAGAUUGGAGCUGACAGCAGAAACCCAUCAUAACUCAUUUAAAGAAUUGUCAUCAAAGGGGAAAAAUCAAGAAGGGCUCCAGUGGCCCAGUAACUUGUCAUCUUGUCAGUGGUCUAGGAUCAUUGGGAGAAAAGCCCUUACAGGUGAACUUGCAUGUCAAACUACAACCAAGUGAGUAGUUGUAGAGUUCACAUGAGUUGUCUUGUUUCAAGUGGCCCUAACUUGUACAUUGUGACUUGGGUCCAACCGUAUCCGUGUCUUAACUAGGGACAGGGCUUUGGGUUUGCAGAUGCCAUGACAGCCUAGCAAGGAACAAUCAGUGUGCAGGCUAGACACGAGAGUGCUCUUCUCACACCUAGGAAGAGCUUGGUCUUUUUUCUUCUGGUUUUCUUUACAGGAUAGUUUUAGUUGUAUAUUUUAUUUCAUUCUGUGAUAAGUAGAAAGGUUGAAUUUCAUUUACUCCUUAGGAAGAAUUUUAGAAGGGACCGUGCUUUCUCACACGUUACCUGGCCAGAUCCCCUUCCAAUAAAGUUGUAACCAUCCCUCCA